AUGAUCGACGUCUCGGCCCCGCGUGCCGCUCGGGCGUCGGCCUCGAGAGUGGUUGCCCUCAUGGCAACCGCCGGCGGCGAGUGGCCGUCGGGAUGGGGCGGGCUGAUACCUUCGCUUAUCGGGCAGCUGGCGAUGGCGGCGGCGGCGGUUGAGAACGCGAGGGCAGAGGCGGGGUCGGCGGAGGCACCGCGGGGUGGGGUAGGGGGCAUGGGGAGGGAGGGGAGAAGAGCGGAGGCGGCGGCGGUGGCGGCGGAGCACGCCGUGGCUAGGGCGGAGUCGUGCGCCAAGUGUCUGCAGUACUUGACGGAAGAGGUGCCGAUGGAGCAUGUUCCCGAGGUAUUCCAGCAGGCCUUUCCGGGUCUUGUUGAGGCUGGCAAGGCGGACUACCUCCCGCGUAGCAUCCGAAGACGAGUGUUUCGGAUCGUGCGAGAGCUCUUCACCUCCAUCGGAACCCUCGUCAGCGUCCGGGGAGAGACUCGGCUCCUCCCAGGUCUUCAGCAAUGCGUGCCCCCCUGGCUUCACCUCGUGUCGAAGACUCUGCAGUCGGCUGUGGACGGCAGGGCCAUCGAUGGGGGCCGCCACAAGAACGGCGGCAACGAGGAGGAAGGGGGGGGCGAUGAUGACUUCGGCGUCGAGCUUGAGGGCCUCCGGACGGCCAUGGUGCUCUUGGCGCACGUCCCCUCGACCGUCGGGGACGGGCACUUGGGCCAGCUCCUGCCUCCUCUGUGGCAACUCCUGACAGAUGGCCGGGAGCGGCACGAGCGGAGCAUGCUGGCUGGCGGUGGUGACGGUGAGGAUGGGGAUGAAGAUGGUGAUGGUGGCGACAACGGAGGAGGAGGAGGAUACGCUUCUGAUGGGGAACGGCAGGGGCUCGACGAGCUAAUCGUGCAAUCGUUGGAGCUACUCGCAGCUACCGCGGCUUGUCCGGACCCCCAAGUGUCGGGCUUGCUCGGAGGGGAGGGUGCAGGAGUGGGAUCGCUGUUAGCAGUCGUCAUCAGGUGGAGGAUUACAUGCAUAUACCAAUGUGCAAACCACCGCCGAGGCGGAGGCGGGGGCGCCGGGCGCCACCCUGUCUCGACAGCGAGAUCGGCGGGGCUAGCCUUGAUCCGGGAACUGUGUGAGGCGUUCCCGGAUAAGGUGGUGCCGGCCCUCAUCGCCGAGGCGAAGUCAGCACUCGUGGACUCUUCGUCCUCGUCUUCUUCCGUUGGCUCCGGUGGGGGGGACGGGGAGGCUGGAGCAGUCAUGUCGGCGGCGAACAACAACAUUCCAGCGGCGGCAGAUGUUGUCCCUUCAGCCGUAGCGGCGGCGGCGUUGUCGGCUAGACGAUGGCGUCUUCGAGAAGCUGCCCUGCUGUGCCUCGGCGUAGCGUCGAAGCCCAUCACCCGCCAAGUGAAGAGAAGAUGUCCCCUUGCCGUCAAAUUGAAGAAGGAGCAGCAAAACAACAACAUCACCAACAGCGGCGGCGGCAGCGGCGGGGGGGGCAGCAGCAACGCCAACGGAAGUCACGCCGCGUCGUCGUCGUCGUCGUCGUCGUCGUCCUGCUGGAACGCCCCGGAGAGGGGCACGCGAGGGGGGGAGGGGGCCGGGGGGGGGGCGGGGGCAGGGGGCAAGCAUAAGUGCAAGCACAGCAAGGCUUCGUCGUUUUCUCCCGGCACGCUCUGUCGGGGAGCGAGAGGCUUAGGUUUGGAUCUGGGCGGCUUCCAGGCAGUCAUCGUUGCUGCCGCGGAGGGCCGGAGCCACCACCCUCAAGAGGUCAGCAGCCCCUUCGUGCACGCGAGAGGCCUGUGGGCCACGGCGAGGUUCGCGUCCCUCCUCUCCGCCGAGGGGGUCUGCAGGUCGGCGGAGGCGUGCUCGCUGGCCAUGGGCGAGGGCCGACCGCUGUGCCUGCGGCUCCACGCCUGCCGAGCGCUGCGGGUGCUUGGACAGUACAGCGCCCGCAUAGCGCGAAGAGGAGGGUUUUUCGGCAUCAAGAGGGGUGCCGGGAAGGCGCUCCUGGGGUCGAGGGUGGGCACGGCGGCGCGGGCGGCGGUGACAGCGGCGCCUGGGCUGGCCGCCUGCUUCGAGGAAGGGACCGCGCACUUUGCCCCAGAGACCAUGACUCAGCUGGUGAAGGCCUUUCCCGCGGAGGCGGUGGCUGGAGGCGGGGAUCUGGUGCUGAUGCAGCUUUCCAUGAGCUUGUGGCGGAGGUACCCGUCCGACCCGCUGGUGGUUGAGGCCGUUGAAGACCUUCUGCUAGCGCUUACCCGCGUACCCCAGGCCGUGCCCCGGAUGACCGAGACACUGGUGCCGCUCUUCCAAGAGGUGUUCGAACGGCGUAGGGCAGGAGAGGAAGAGCUCCAGGCGGUGGCAGAGGGAUGCCUCUCCUUGCUUCGAGAACUGACCACGCGAUUGGCGGCGGCCGGGGGGGGGGUCGGCGGAGUGCACUCUCGGGGUGGGGCGGGACGGACGGACAGUGGCGGCGGGUUCUCGGCUGCAGCGACUAGGUGUGACAGCUCGGCGAGGCUGUCGCUGUGGGCGGGUCUGAGAGCGGCCUUUCCCCUUCUCUUGGAGACCGACUCGCACUCCCUGGUCCAGGACGGGUGCAGCACCCUCCAAGAGUUCGUGACCGCCUUCGGUGACGAGAUGCACGAAGAUGCUGACGUCGCCGCGGCAGCAGCAGCAGCAGCAGGCGGGGAGGCGAGCGGAGGCGGGGAGAGUGGCGGCGGCGGUGACGGCGACUCCCCGCUAUCGCUGGUGCUGUCGUUCUUGGCCAGGGUGAUGGACCCCGAGGCCCACGACGCCUCCGCUUUGCGCAUUGGGGGCUUGGUGUCUGCUGUUUUGAAAAGCGUGCCUCCUCGCAGCCUGGGCCGGGAGACGGUUCAAUCCUUGUUGGCAGUUACCUUCGACAAGCUCGAGCGGUGCUCCUCCAGCCUCCUCGGCGACGAGCUCCUCCAAGUCUUCGUCACCUUCGUCAACAGCGAGGCGUACGGCCCAACCGCACUCGCGGACGUCUUCGCCGAGAUAGAGCGGGAAGGCGGUAGGCGGCGGUGUCAGCAGGAGGAAGACGCAACGACGGCAAUGGCGGCGGCGGGACCAACGGAGAGGCCGCUCUCGAACGCGACAAUCGUACCGCCGCCGCUGUCGUCGUCGUGCGGGAGCGGUGGAAUUAGCAACGGUGGUGCGGGCGGCGAGAGGUUGGGCGCGGGAUCAUCGCCGGCGGCGGCGGCGGUAGGGGCCGUGGCGCGCGGCGGCGGCGGCGGCGGUGUCGGCAACGAUGACACCAUGGCGAGCCUGAGGAGACUGAUCGGGCUGUGGCUCUUCUUUCACGAGAUGGCGAGGUCUUCUUCGCUGGCAAGCCAAUCGGCCCUGGGACUUGUGCGCCUCCUACAGGCGGCUGGCGACGGCGACGCGAGGCUCUACACGCUGAGGGUUUCCACGGACUCGAUGGGUUCGGGAUCGUCUCGGGGUGCAGGGGUGCGGGGACGUAGCCUCCCGCCCUCCCUCAGGAAAAUGGAGGGGGAGCUCUUGCCGGUGUGCCUCCUGUCGAGCAUUGUCCGCACGGCGGAGAGGGACGAGGAGGCCGACGGCCCACCCGAAGGUGUCGCGAACAACAACAACCGCUCCUGUGAAGACGGCGGCGCCAUGUUUCCCCUGGACGUUGAAGACGACGACGACAAUGCCGAUGAGGACGCCUACAUGGCGGAUGAGUUUGAUCCGGCGGGACCCCCAGAAGGGGACACAGACGACGACAGCGACGACGACGACGACGACGAUGACGAUAGUGAAGAGGACGACGAGGACGAGGAGGAGAGCGAUACUGAAGACAUCACGGACGAAGGAUCGAUUACCCUGAGCAGCUGUAGCGGUGGCGGGGACGGCGGCGGCGUGCCAUCGCCCUACUACGCCUCGGGCGUCAGCCAGCGGUUCGCCGCCGCCGUGAACCGGCGACCGGCGACGGCGGCACCACCGUUGUCGUCAUCGGCGCCAGCGCCUUCGGCGCAAGUGGCGGCGGCGGCGGCGGCGACGGCGCCGAUGGUUAUGUCGGUGGACAGCAGUCACUGGGCCGGAGCAACGUCGACAACGGUAACAACAACGGCCACAGCAUCAUCAUCAACGGCCUUUUCCGCCGCCGGCUUACCCUGCUUUUCAGGCGGGAGCGUGAACCUCACCCGCUGCAGCAGCAGCAACAGCUUGCCGGCAGUGACGGCGGCCGCCGCCGCUGCCGCCCCCGCUUGGCGUGGUCGCAGCGCCAGCGGCGACGGCAUCACCUGCCGGGUGUCGAGCGCGCCGCUUGCCGCCGGAGGCGGCGGCGACGGCGCGGGGGGGGGGCAGCAGCUGCUCUCGUCUUCCUGCCCCCGCGACGCGAGCUGGUUGGUGACAGCCGGCGGAGGGAACAACCACGGCGGCACCGGUAGCAGCUACCCCUCUCUCUCCACCAUUCACGACCACCGGAGGAGCCAGCGGCCGUCUGCGGCGGAGCGACAAGCGCAGGCCGCCGUCACCGCUGCCGCUUCCGGGGUCCUGAACGGCGGCAUGUGGGAACACGUGGCCAGGAGCUGGGGCGAGAACGGGGUCGGGCGCGGCCUGGUAGAUUUCUUGAGGUCGACCACCGGAACGAGGUCGGAGGCCUUGUUGUGCGGGUGGGCGGGGAUGCUGCCCCCGGCGGAGCAGGCAACCUUGACGGCUCUCCUUGACAAGACUUCGUAACACUCCGGGAAGCCUUCUUUCCGUUUGACGGCCCCGGCUCUACUUGGUACAAAGCGCAAGGCUUGUUGUGGAUUCCUUUUGGUUUUUCUUCUUCCUCGGCCUUCAGACGUGCGUGGUGAUGUGGAAUGCACCUUGCUCCACUCAUGCUGCCCAGAUUAUAUCAGACGGGGUGCUUCCUAGCCGCUUGCUCACGCCCUAAUGGCCGAUUACCCCGGGAAGGAACAGCGUAAGAGCUAGAUGGUGCUGAGGUUCGGCGUGUUGACACGGUUAGAUGUCGGCUUUUCCCUGCAAGAGUUGGACGGUUGUUGCUUUAUCUGCGAUUUUUGAACUACUUUUUCGUCAUGCCGUGUGUGUGUAAUUGGGAGUUUAGAUUGACGUGGCUGCGUGGAUUCGCUUGUUAUUCAAGCAUGCAUGUGUGAUGUUUGGUGGCUUGCGCUGUGGCGGCUGGUUGGCUUCACCAAAGGGUGCGAGGGACGGGGAGCAGCUAUCUUGUGUAGUUCAGUGGCGGUGGUGGUCUUUUGGAGACCCGAUGUACAUUUCCUUUGUUGUUUUUGGCGCCUGCUCCUGCUGUUUCUCGUACCGAUAUUGUUUUUUUUUUUUAACAUAGUCUAUUAUCCAGUGUUUGCAUAAAUGUAGAUGCAUUUUUUUUUGUUCUGGCGCCUGCAGCUGUAUGUCGUCCGAAGGGCUGUUUUUCUUGACAUCAGACGUAGAUUUAACCGAUGUAUAUAUUGUUUUGUUUGGGCGCCUGUAUUGCAGGGGGAAUGGAGGCAAGUGUCGUUUUUGUAGUUGGUGCCCAGCACGAAUGAAUCGAGGUUCAACUAACUAGCGUUCCGUGCGGGGUCGGUCGGCGGGGCGAAGUGCGUAUCCCAUCGUGGGAAAAGCUGCGUGGGCGAGGGCAACGUUGUUGUAUGCGCCCCCCCCCUCCCCCCUCCCCCCUCCCUCACACUCCCGCGGUGACCCUUUUGCCACCAGCAGACCAGACCAGAGUUCGGGAAUACGGUUGAGUGCACAUGCAAAGUUUACCCUCUUUCUGUCUAUGAGUGCAACUCGCGGCAAUCGCUACCAGAACAAGAGAAACCGGAAUGCUCCGGGGGCGUUGAUUGGUUGGGCGUAGCGGGGCGACUGCGGCCGGAAGUGCUGUUAAUUUUUUUUGUUUGUUUGCCUCGCCAGUUUCGUCUGUUUCCAUGUUGCCCGCAGCAGGCUAGAACCCAGUUGGCAGCACUGGGCGUGGUGUUCCGUGCACGCCGGAGGCAGCUGUCGUAGUUUCCGGUGGUAAUAAGUCUAUUUGCGUGUGGCAAGUGUGCCCAAGCCUAGGACUAGCCCUAUAACCUGAAUUGAUGUCACUUCGGGCUUUCGCCCUUUCCUUCAAGAUUUGCAGUUAGUUGUUUCGCAACAGCAGCAGCGGCAGCAGUAAGUUGCGUUUGGAAAUCCACAAAAAAGAAGGAAGCGCGCGGUCGAUCCAUCCAUAGAGUGUCUCGCACAACCGCUUGGUUGGGUUGUAUGUGUCCGUGAGGACUGGUGUUGUCUAGAGAGGGGGCGGGUGAGAGAGGGGCGGUGGUGCAGUGGGAACAAUUUUUUGCUCUCAUCUGUAGACUUGGUUGGAUUGCAGAGUACUCCCCAUUUAUGAUAGAUUUUUGUCCAAUUUUCCCAUCAUCUUGUUCCUCUCCUACAGCAGUUUGUUACUGUUGGCGGUCAGGUAUUGUCCUUCGUCCGUGUAGAAUGAACGCGCGGGGUACGGUAGAUGUACACGACGGGCCGGGGUGCGGUGGGUCAUCGCGAACGGAUAGUCACCGUGGUGUCCUUGAGGGCGCCAGUGCCACUAUCUCUACUACUUCCCGCGUGUGAACGACGUGCCUUGCGUGAUUGGCGUACCCCCCGUUGGGCAAGCUGCUGACUAUUGGCUCGACCACGCAGGCCAGGUAGUCUAGAGAAGGAAGAGGAUCGGGGGCGCGUGGACACUUGACACCCUGACAGGUGUAAUACCAGACCUUCAGCAAUAUGCUAGCGCCGGAGAGUUUGUUCUACCUACAUUUGCGAGUGACUUUGUUUAGACUAUCUAAAUCUACAGGAGACGAGGAACAUAAACACCAGACGCUGCAUUGCCGUUGUGCCCAUAAUAUCUGUCAAAUGUCGAAAACUCGUUUAUUCCGUUUUUGGGGGUAUUGAGCGUGUUCAGGUGACACGCUCUGGUGCAGUUGCUCAUCGGUCGUGUGCGUGGGUUGGAGGUUGCGGGGUGGCUGUUCAGACGAUAUCUGGCGAAUGGUUUCCGUUCGCGUCUAUAUCCCGCCCGAGGGAGAUGCGUCGCCCGAUGCAUGCGUGUGUGGAUGCACCAGCUUCUGUUGGUGGUCUUGUCAGAAAAUUGAGGAAGCAGACGGGAGACAGAGAGAGGAGAGAAAGAAAUUCCGACCGGUGGAGAGUGAAGUCAACACCAGUUUUGUCGGAGCGCACCCAUUCUCUAUUCUCGUCCGCUGCUCCCCCGGUGUGCGGAGUUCUGUGUCAUUGCCAUUGUUAUCUAGUGGUCCGAUGUGUUUUCUAUGGAUGUGUGCGUUGCUACGGGCGAGACGGGGGAGCGAUGUGGCAGGCUGGUGCGUCGCCCCGCUCAACAGGGAGAGGUUGACCUGUUUUCCAAAGGCGUGGCCAAAACGGGCGCGGACCGCACGGCGGACGGGCCUGGAGUGCAGUUGUAAAAUGACGGCUGUCUACAGUAUUAUUAUGUCGUUUUUUUGCCGCCCCCUACAAGAAGAGCUGCGGGUAUGCUUGAUUAAGAUUUAUGUGUUGUGUAGGAUCGACAAGAAUAAUGGAGGAUAUGGAUGUAUCUGGCGGAAUGUGAAGUGAAGAGCAAAGGCACUGGCAAAAACAUUUGGGGCAAACAAGCCAACCCUUUUUUGUGG